UCAACUCAAGUGCAAAUAUUAGUAUUUAGAAGAUCAGUCAAGAUUGUACUGCCAGUUAAGCGAACCGUGGCACUGAAUCAAGAACGCAAACGUAAACUGUAGUUCGGGUCCAUUGAACUAGUUCAGCGUUGAACUGCAGCACACAAACAUCAAUGUAUUUUUUACAUCCCUACACUGCUUCAUUUUUAUUUCACGGUGCAACAAAAUACAGAGGAGAAAGAAAGGGGGCUUCCGAAUUGAAUUAUCCAAAAUAAAAGCCAUGGACGCAGCUACAGUAGGGUCCCAACACACUGCGAACGAUAUGAAGCCACAAGCACCAAGCCAGCCGCCGGCCCCGGCGGUCGCAAAGGCAACAAACGAAAAUGGUGUACAAACAGGAGGAGCAAAAAAAUCAGAAACUAAAACUGGCUCUGAAUCAACACAUUCCAAUAUGGUGGCUGAAAAAGUGGAAAAGGUGGAGAAAUCAAAGGCCGAGGUGUCCACUGAGAAAGUAUUGAUUACCAUAUGCAGUGCCGAUCGGAAGACCAAGAAGACGUUCAUGUCCAUGCCCACGAGGAAGGAUGUGAUAGAUAAGGCCCACAAGUAUGGCCUAGCCGGCAACACCAUUGUCCUGGAGAGCAAUGGCUGCGAGAUCUGCGAGGAUGAGGUCCUCUUGUUUGCAGCCAAGGAGAAGAUUCUGCUAAUGCUGCUGGCCGAAACGGACGAAUAUGUAAUUCUGCCUCCGCCCUCGCCACUGAGCCGAUCGGAGCGUGCUGGCAGCUCGGUGGAUCCCAGUUUCUAUGCCCACAACAGUAUUGUAUCGAAUGCCAAUGACUCGACCGUCUCCAAUGACGAGACUCUGUCCCUGGCCAGCGUUACGCCCAGCAAUUCAAAGACGUCGGGGCUGUUUAAAGAAUUUUCGAUACCUUGGAACAAGGUACCCAAUGAUAUAAUGAAAUUGCUGCGAGGAAAGCACAGCCUGGGCAAGCGCCUGAAUACGUUUGGCAAUAUCCUUGUGGAUGCAUUGCGGGAGUGCUCUGUUCAUAUACCCAUACGGGUGUUCCGACAAGUGGCCCAGCAGGCGGCCGAAAAGUACCCAGAUUCGUUGCUGGAAAAGGAUCGCGAAGGUCAACUGAUAGCCACCACGCCCCAGUCUCUCAUCUCGAAAAUGAUAAACCGCAACAAUGCCCUGAACAGGCCGCAGAAGCGAACCAGCGGCUCGAGCAACUCGGGAAACUUUGAGAUACACAUCAGCAGCAAGAAGCGCAAGUCCAGUGUGGGCGCUACCUCAGCGGCCAAUGGCGAUGCCAAGGCCAAGGACCUGGCAGCCAAUCGGGAUCUGGAGGAGAAGAAAGAGCUGCUCAUCUCAAGCUACCGCGGCAGCACCACUGUCGAGCCAGCCACCAUUACCGAGUAUAUGAAGGAAUGCUUCCCGCUGCAGCGCGCGUUCUUUAACAACAACGAAAAGAUUCCCGACAUUACGUCCAUUAAAAAUAAUUGGCCGUAUAUCUUUAACAAAGAACUGCUGUACCAGCACUUUGAGCUGCUCAUGUCAAUCGAUCCCCGUGUGCUGGAGAAACGUUUGACUGGCGAAAAGGAGCGCAUAUUCAGGUUCUUUAAGACAUCAAAGAACAAGAAGAUCAGUGCCCUGGAGGAGAGCAAUGCCAAUUUGUUGCGCGGCCUGGCCUACCAUUUCAAUGAGGAUCCCGAUUACAUAUUCAAGCAGCUGGACAAAGGUCCCUAUCCCAAAGAUGUGCUGCAGCAAAUGAAUCCCACAAAUGCCCCAUGGGUGGCUCUAGUCAAUUCGCCUAUCACAACAGACAAUGGUGUGGAAUUGCAGAGUGAGGCCAUGGUCUAUAUUGAGGGCCAAAUAAUGGCCCAAUUUAGCGCCAAUGAUGGCGAUCUGCCCGACAUAAUUGCCCAAUUGAUCUGCUACUAUUAUACCUUCAACAUGAUGUACCCCAAGGAAGCCAAUCAAACACUCGAAUUUAUGGUCAUCUACUUUCUGCAGCAUGUCCCCGAGCAGGCGCGCAACUCCAAAAAGGCAGUCACAGCCAACAGCAAAUUCAACCAGCUAAUUGCCAAGCUGGCCAAUGCAAAUGGCUGAAAAUCCAUAAGCCUCAAAUCAAUCAAGCAUCAAUCUCCUCCACUUCCUCGCUCUAUGGAAACCGCCUCUUUGGAGUAUGGAGUACAUGGAGUCUCAUUCUGUUUAGUUUAUUUAUUAUUUUUGCAGACCUAUUCCACUUGUAUUUGUACCACUAUGUCUAAGAUUUACAUAAAUCGUGUAGUAAUGUUGUGUAUA